AUGUUCUCUUCUCUUGCAAGUAGUACCUUUGCCAAAUUUGGUGGGACGGAACCUUCCGCAUUUUGUUCUUACAAGAUAUGUGCAACCACAUUCAUCUUUUUGUACUCGACCUCCUUUCGAAGCCCUAUAAUCUGUCGCUCGUCGAGCGUCAAGUUGUGUUGGCCAAGGCCGAGUAAUAUCACGAGCAGUGCUCCGACUGAACGCCGCCCGUGCCUAUUUCUCUUGAUGAAGUUGAAGACUUCGUACGGUUGAGAAUCCGGGUCCAUGGGACACUAAAUGUGAGUCUUCACUGCCAUUGCUACAGAUGGACAACAGCAAGAAUACUGAUAGUUGUAAUAAACGAAUCACGCCAGAAAACCGGUUCUGGUCGGGUGAAUUGCGGCUCACCAUCCCGUGGCAGAUCCUCAACGGCUCGGUUCGGUGGAGUGACCGUCGUGUUGGCAGGUGUGUGCCAAUCUUUCAAAAGCAAAGCGCAGGGCAGCAUGACUAACUGACCGGUUGGACUGUAACAUCACAGGGAAUCCGAAGCAAUGCCUUCCCGUUAUUCCCAAGUCAUCGCCUACACAAAUUGUCGACGCUUGCAUCAUGAAUGCUGACUUCUGGGGGGAAGUUGAGGUGCUGCAUCUCUCUGUAAGUAGUAGUCCUUGCCUGACUUUUAGACCCUAUACUAACAACGGCACGGUGCGAGCGCAGACAAACAUGCGUCUUCUGGCCGCUGCAGACCGCAUGACCGAAACGGAACGGGCAAAGGCACAGGGCUUUGCAGAUUGGCUCUUAGGAGUUGGAGACGGCUCGGCCAACAAAACAGAAGACUCUAUCGCGCUCCCACGCGAGUUUCUCCUGCCGGUGACCACGACGAACAGAUCCGGGUUGAUCAGACACGUUUAUCCCGUCCCCGCGCUCGAACUGGACAAUAUGUCAAUAGGCGAAAAAAUCGAAUACUUCCGAGAUCGAGCAAUUCUGGCGCCCAAAAAUUCGCAGGUGGGUCAGAUCAACGACAUGGUGCUCGACCUGCUGCCGGGUGACGCUCAAACGUUCUACAGCGCGGAUUGGGUCGAAAACGAAGACGAAUCACUAUUCUCGAUCGAGUACCUUCAGAGUCUCAACAUCGCCGGGAUGGCGUUGCACGCUGAAAAAUUCAAAGUGGGAUGUCCCGUCAUGCUCCUCAGAAACUUGGACCCCGCCGCGGGGCUGUGCAACGGCACAAGACUGUUGUCAACUCGGUUACACACCCGCUGGCGCCCAUCAUGA